AUGACACUGUGUGUGCUCGCCUUGGUUGGAUUUUGCUUUGGGGCUUAUUACUGCACAUCCCCGGCGGCGGGGAGCUACUACUCACUGGACGGGAGCAGCCAAGCGCACCCCGGCUUCAUCCAGCGACGCCUGAGGACGCACGAGAGGAGGGAGAUGCAGAAGGAGAUCCUGUCCAUCCUCGGCCUGCCGCACAGACCCAGGCCGCAUCUGUCUCACGCAAAGUACAACUCGGCUCCGCUCUUCAUGUUGGACCUGUACAACAGCAUCUCCAGCGGGGACGCGAGCCGAGCGGACGGCGCGUCGGAACGUUAUGAGCCCGUGCGGACGACCCGGAGCCCGCCGCUGGCCACGUAUCAAGAAGCGGCUUUUCUCAACGAUGCUGACAUGGUGAUGAGCUUCGUUAAUCUGGUGGAUCACGACCGGGAGCUCUCUAUUCAACGGCAGCACCACAAAGAGUAUAUGUUCAACCUGUCGCAGAUCCCGGCGGGCGAGGCCGUCACCGCCGCCGAGUUCCGCCUCUACAAAGAGUGUGUGAACCGAGCUUUCCACAACGACACCUUCCUACUCAGAGUCUACCAAGUGGUCAAGGGACACCCAGACAGAGAGGCGGACCUGUUCCUGCUAGAGUCCCGCAGGCUAUGGGCACUGGAAGAGGGUUGGCUGGAGUUUGACAUCACAGCCUCUAGCAACCUGUGGGUGAUGAGUCCUGUGCACAACCUUGGCCUGCAGAUUAGCGUGGAGACCAGUAGUGGGCAAAGUAUCAGUCCCAAAGACGCCGGGUUGGUCGGGCGGGACGGCGCUCUGGAGAAGCAGCCCUUCAUGGUAGCGUUCUUCAAGGUCAGCGAGGUGCACAUCCGCAGCUCCCGCUCGACUGGCGGCAAACGUCGCCAGCAGAACCGCAAUCGAUCCGCGCCAACGCAGGAGGCGUCCAGAGGGCCGAGCCAAGCAGGAGACUACAAUGGCAGCGAUCAGAAGACGGCCUGCAGAAGACACGAGCUCUACGUUAGCUUUCGAGAACUCGGCUGGCAGGACUGGAUCAUUGCUCCGGAAGGCUACGCCGCCAAUUAUUGCGACGGCGAGUGUUCCUUCCCCCUCAACGCUCACAUGAAUGCCACCAACCACGCCAUUGUACAGACUCUGGUGCACCUGAUGAAUCCCGAGAAUGUCCCGAAACCCUGCUGCGCCCCCACCAAACUCCACGCUAUCUCCGUUCUCUACUUCGACGACAACUCCAAUGUCAUUUUGAAGAAAUACAAAAACAUGGUGGUGCGAGCCUGCGGCUGUCACUGA